CGCAGUCCGUGCAGAGCGUUCUGGCUUAUUUUUGACGUUUGACCUCUCCCUCCGUUUGUCACGCCUAGUUUCCCCGCAGGGUUCACCGAGACUCUGAGGGUUCGCAGAGACUCUGAGGGUUCCUGGGUUUUCGACCUCGGGGUUGUAACUUUAUGCAGCCUCCAUCUCACCAUGUGUGUAAGGAAGCUUUUCCAGCCUUCCUCUCUCUACUGGGCAUGGAGGACCACUACCCUGAAACAUCCCCUGGAAAGGCAUCAGGAAGUCCUCCGCUGGACACAUUCUAAAGGCCGAAGCUACAGAGCAGUCAUUUUUGACAUGGGUGGAGUUCUUAUGCCUUCUUCAGGGACAGUGGCUUCGGGACAGGCAAGCUCGGCAACAGCCGAACAAAGUGGAAAGCUCACCAAGUCCAUGGCUGAGCUGGCCUGGGAUUUUGCCAUCAAAGAAGGGUUCCGGGUUUUCAAAGAGAUGCCAGCCACCCAAACACUGACGAGAUCCUACCAUGCAUGGGCUGGGCCGAGGUCCCUGAGGACUCCCACGGGUGUGAGGAGUCACAGCACUAUAGCAGCUGCUUCCCCUUCUGAGGAGGCAAAGGGAGGCCUGAUCAUCUCUCCAGAGGGCCUGCCUCCCCGGGUCAGAAAGUUGUAUGACCAGCUGUUGCAGUUUAUAGAACAGAAGGUGUACCCCCUGGAGCCAGAGCUGCAGAGACACCAGGUCUCAGCCGACAGGUGGAGCCCUUCCCCUCUGAUAGAAGACCUCAAGGUGAUGUCCCGCACAGCCUUCGGGAAGCCCCUUGUGGAGCACAGCACCAUCCUGGCAGACAUUGCCCAGUCACGUGUGGACAUCGAGCAGGCUCGGCUGCUGGUGCUGAAAGCUGCCCACCUCAUGGAUGUGGCUGGAAAUAAGGCUGCAGCUUUAGAGAUUGCCAUGAUUAAGAUGGCAGUCCCUUCCAUGGCCUAUCGAGUAAUUGACCGCGCUAUUCAGGCCUUUGGAGCAGCAGGCCUCAGCAGUGACUACCCCCUGGCUCAGUUCCUUGGCUGGGCCCGAACCCUGCGCUUAGGUGACGGCCACCUGACAGUGUCUAAGAUGGAACUCAAGAAUCACUCCAGGCUGCAGGAGUCAGCAGCGCCCAGAGUGUAGAUGCUGUGUUUGCAAAGGCCUGGUAUUUGUGGUUCCUACAUCCCGUCCAGCACCUCAGUCUGAGCCUUCUGGGGUCUCCUCCAGAAGAUGUCUCUGGAGAGACAGAGUUAGAACAUGUCUUAGGCAUGGAGGAAGGAGAUUUGGGUGCCUGGGUAGCCGUUCUUGAGUUCUUCAGAGUUGACCUGUGACCCCGUUCCUCCAGGCUCUGGGAAUCUCAACAUCGUGUGCUCUGAUCUCUCCAGAGGUGAUGAAGGUUCUUCUUUGGGCUUCCAGGAGAGCAGAGGGAAUGGGUCACAGCAGAUGCUCCUGGGAACUGGG